AUGCUCCGAAAUCUUUUUGCAGGAGUGUAUGUCGAAUGCGAGAUUGCCCAGAUGUGUGCUUGGAUCAGCGAGAAAUGGUUGAACAAAGAAGGCAUUUAUGAACAAGAUGUCGAUGGGCUUUCCUUUGCCGACCCCACCUGCAGUGCGACUGAUGUCGGCUCGCUCGAAGGACUCCCAGAAGAUCUUCAUUUUUGGCUCUGGUGCUCCACUGAAAUUCCGGAAGAGCCAGAUGCUGAGCACCAGCUUAUUGACGGACUAAAGCAUUAUGAUUGCGGAACAGACACUGAAAUUCACCAAGGAGAGAAUUACCCCGGUAUGGAAACUUGGAAAACCGAGCCGCAUAUUCGGCAUAAUAACACAAUAUCGACCAAGGGAAAAUAUAUUCUCAAGCAAAUCAGCCUUCCUGUCCAGUGCGAAUGGCCAACCUCCCUCCCCGAUCAAAAACCAGUCGCGAUUCUUGUCGACAGCGAGUCCUUCAACCCAUCUUAUUUCAAAAGCGAAAAAGAUAUUUCCCUCGAGGUCAAUAUCAAAAUUUUCACGGAUGAGUCAUUCUCGCAAGCUUACGAGGACACUCCUAAUUAUUUGCUUGGCCAGAGAGUUUUUGUCCAGAUAAGCUUGAAAGAAGAUUUGAUGGAUUCGACUUUUGGGAUUGAAAUUAAACAUUUUUGGGGAUCUCCAGAUAAAUCUGUGACAAACAACAUCUACUUUGCCUGGAUCAAUGAAUUCUGCGCGACAGAGGAAGAAAUUCGCCCUGUCGAGUCAUCCUCGCCAAGUCAGCUUCGUUUCUCUCUCCCCUCAUUUCGAUUCCACCAACGAGAUCCGAAAAUAUAUCUUCAUGCAUUUGUCAAAGCAUGCAAAAAAGAAGAGUGCAAAGCUUUCAACCUCUGCGGAUCACGAAGUAAGAGCUUUGCUUCCUUCGAAAGUGAUCGGAGAAAACGCAGAUCCAUCGGAGACUCGAGUCACUCGACAGUGAUUUCCAUCCCCGUUUCGAUCCCGGAAAAAGAACAAGAAGAAACAGCUGAUGAAGUUAUUCUUAAUUGCUAUGGCUUUGCCAUCGGUUUUGGUGUUCUUUUACUUGGUGCCAAUGUUAAGCUUUUACUGUAA